CCGCCCUCCCCCCCCCCACCCCGCCCUCCCUCUCCCCCCACCCCCUCCUCGCCCUCCCCCUCUCCCCCACCCCCCCAACCCCCUCCCCCCCACCCCCCUCCUCCUCUCCCCCACCCCCCUCCUCCUCUCCCCCACCCCCCUCCUCCUCUCCCCCACCCCCCCCUCCUCUCCCCCUCCCCCCCCCCUCCUCUCCCCCACCCCCCCUCCUCCUCUCCCCCACCCCCCUCCUCCUCUCCCCCACCCCCCUCCUCCUCUCCCCCACCACCCUCCUCCUCUCCCCCACCCCCCCCCCCCCCAUCCCCUCCCCCCCCCAUCCCCUCCCCCCCCCAUCCCCUCCCCCCCCUUCCCCCCCCCCCAUCCCCUCCCCCCCCAUCCCCUUCCCCUCCUUCCCCUCCCCCGCCAUCCCUUCCCCUCCCCCCUUCCCCCUCCCCCCUUCCCCCUCCCCCCUUCCCCUCCCCCCCUUCCCUUCCCCCCCCUCCCCCCCUUCCCUUCCCCCCCUCCCCCCCCCCUUCCCUUCCCCCCCCCCCUUCCCUUCCCCCCCCUCCCCCCAUCCCUUCCCCCUUUCCCCCCCCAUUCCCCCUUCCCCCCCCAUUCCCCUCCCCCCUUCCCCCCCCAUCUCCUUCCGCUCCCUUCCCCCCAUCCCCUUCCGCCUCCCUUCCCCCCCCAUCCCCCCCCUUCCCCUUCCCCCCCCCUCCCAUCCCCUUCCCCCCCUCCCAUCCCCUUCCCCCCCUCCCAUCCCCUUCCCCCCCCCCCUCCCAUCCCCUUCCCCCCCCCCCUCCCAUCCCCUUCCCCCCCCCCCCUCCCAUCCCCUUCCCCCCCUCCCAUCCCCUUCCGUCUCCCCCCCCAUCCCCUUCCGUCUCCCCCCCCAUCCCCUUCCGUCCUCCCCCCCCAUCCCCUUCCGUCUCCCUUCCCCCCCCCCUUCCCCCCAUCCCCUUCCCCCCCUCCCAUCCCCUUCCCCCCCUUCCCCCAUCCCCCCCCUUCCCCCAUCCCCCCCCUUCCCAUCCCCCCCAUCCCCCCCCUUCCCCCAUCCCCCCCCAUCCCCCCCCUUCCCCCAUCCCCCCCAUCCCCCCCCUUCCCCCAUCCCCCCCAUCCCCUCCACCAUCCCCUUCUCCCCCCCCACCCAUCCCCUUCCCCCCCGCCCCUUCCCCUUCU